AUGGAGGACCUCAAGGAAGCCACCCAUCUUGAGCAUAGCCUCGCCGUGCCCUCUCAGUCACUCGGCGAAAAUACUAUUGGAAUUGACGAUGGUGUUCUUCUCCAAAUGGCCGAGCAGAUUCCGGACUUUGCCAAUCUGGUCGAAAAGGCCCGUCGAGCGUCCGAUUUUGAGCAUCACUUGACCAAUUGGGAUGCAUUCAAGCAAUUUCCGAAGGCGGUUUUGUUCUCUUUCAUUUUGUCUCUUGCGAUCAUCAUGGAGGGAUACGACACCUCUCUUCUCGGCUCAUUUUACGCCUAUCCGACAUUCCAGCAGCGAUUCGGUGUCCCUUCUAAGGAAGGUGGUUAUCAAGUCACAUCGAAUUGGCAAACAGGAUUGCAGAAUGGGACAAAUGUCGGACAAAUUCUAGGCCUUCUCAUUGCUGGUCUUAUUGCGGAUCGAUGGGGCUACAAGAAGACAAUGCUCGGCGCUUUAAUCUCGCUUAUCGGCUUUAUAUUCAUCAUGUUCUUCGCCAAGGAUAUCGGAAUGCUAUUUGCUGGGGAGGUUCUCUGCGGAAUUCCUUGGGGAGCAUUCCAAACCUUGACAACCACCUAUGCGGCUGAGGUUAGCCCUAUCAUCCUGCGUCCCUAUUUGACCACUUAUGUCAACCUGUGUUGGGUCACUGGUCAGUUUAUCUCGACUGGAGUAUUGCGAGGUCUCCUUGGUCGAACCGACGAAUGGGGCUGGAGAAUCCCUUAUGCUAUCCAAUGGGUCUGGCCUGUUCCGAUCAUCGUUGGCGUUCUUUUUGCCCCUGAAUCCCCUUGGUGGUUAGUCCGCCACGGCAAGGUUGAAGAAGCAAAGCGAUCACUUACUAAGUUGGCCCGUCCUGGUAAUUCUGGAUAUGAUACUGAUGACGCCGUUGCUCUCAUGAUCAUCACCAACACUCACGAGAAACUAACCCGAGAGGGUGUAAGCUACUGGGAUUGUCUCAAGGGAGUUGACAGGCGCCGUACCGAGAUUGUUUGCUGCGUAUGGAUGUGCCAAGUCUUCUGUGGUAUCUGGUACGGUGGCAAUAUUGUCUACUUCCUACAGCAAAUCAACUUCACCAACGACCAAGCAUUCGACUUUGGUCUUGGAGUCAAUGCCAUUGGGUGGUGUGGUACAGUUUGUUCGUGGUUUGUGAUGCAGCGGGUUGGUCGUCGAAAGCUUUUUGUCACUGGACUUGGCAUUAUGUUCACGGUAUUAAUGUUGGUGGGUUUGCUGGGUAUCCCAAGCCAUACCAUCCCUGGACUGAGCUAUUCGUCAGCUGCUCUACUUCUGGUGUUCGUUUUCACCUACGAUCUCACGGUCGGCCCCGUCACUUACUGUCUCAUCUCUGAGAUUCCCUCCACUCGCCUGAGAAUCAAAAGCGCAGUUCUUGCCCGUAACUGCUACAAUAUCGCCAGUAUCGUAGCCAACUUCCUCAAUCCCCCUAUUCUGAACCCCACUGCCUGGAACUUGAAGGGCAAGGGAGGCUUCAUCUGGGCGCCAUUUUGUCUCAUUUGCUUCAUCUGGUCAUUCUUCCGUCUACCGGAACCAAAAGGACGUACUGCACCGGAACUCGACAUUUUAUUCGAGAAGCAGAUCUCAGCCAGGAAGUUUUCCAAAUUUCAGGUCGCUCCAUUUCGCUCCAGCAACUUUGAAAUUGUCGCUGAUAGCGCUGUUCUGACCGAAAAAGACUCAUUUUCACGUAACCAGAGUUGA